AUGAACCCUCCCGCCAUGAAAUUCCUUCCAGUCUCUUCCCCGCUCACUCACCCCCCCUCCGGCAGCAUCCAGGUGCCCCCAAAAACCCUGGUGCCCCCCGUGUUCCAGGCUGCCCGCUGGGCACGGGGCAGCAGCUCUGCCUCCAGCGCUGAGGAUUCCCAGGACUCGGGCUCCGAGGAAAAGCAGAGGCAGCUCCAGCAGAGCGUCCUCCUGCAGAACCAGGGCCUGGCAGGGCACCGGGGUGGGGACACCCCAGAGGGGGACAGCGCCGAUGGGGACAGCCUGGAGGAGAUGAGCUCUGCGGAGGAAGGAGCCGAGCACGACGCGAGGAAAGCAAAGAUUUGUGCGAGGAAUCAACAGCCUGUGGACAAACAUUCCAGCCUGAGGUACAAUCCUCAUUGGAAGAAUGCAAAAAAAGGAGAUUUUUUUGAGGCAGAGAAGGCACCCCAGAUUUUUGGAGGAAGCAGUGGGGACUUUUCAGUGGAUUCGUUUUAUCUCCACUCUGACGGCUCCUCAGAGGACAAUCACCAGAGCCAGGAUUCUCUCCCGGAGAUUGAUCCAGAAUUAUUCACAUUUUAUGGAGCAAACGUGGCCAGCACCAAGGCUGAUGGGCCACAAGCCAAAAGGGAGGAACCUGCAGAUGGAUUUCAUUCCAAAAAUAAUCCUGGCCACGCUUUUCCUCCUCAGAACCAACAGGAUCCACCCCAAAGAGCAAAAAAAAACUUUGUGAAAAAGAACAAACGGACUUUGGGACAGUCAGAGAGGAUCAAUUCCUACCUUGAGCUGCACCAUAAAAAGCAGCAAGUUCUUCAAGGGCAGGUCCCAGAUCCUCCACCAGCUGAUGAAGAACCAUUCCAGAAUGUUCCAGCAUCCCAAACUGGGAAAAUGAAGCCUGAAGACAAAUGGUACCCAAAAGGACAGCAGCUCAAGGGUCGGAUCCCAGCAGCUCAGGGGGAUUCUGAUGCGAGUGACGGAUUUUCCAGCUGCGUGUCUCAGCUCCAGCUGUUGGUGCCUCGUUGCAGGAGCAGCCCAGGCCCCUGCAGGGACUCGGGGCACAGCCCAGACAUUCUCGGGGUGGCCGAGCCUUGCCCAGGAGCGCUGGCCACGGUUCCCCAGGAGCAGCAGCAGCCGCCAGUCCCCGGUGGCUUCAACAACGUCCCGAAUUCACUCCUUGCCACGCCUGGCUGUUUCCUCCCGAUAUUUCAGAAUUUUUACCCGCCAGAAGUUUUAAAUGCCAGCCAGGAGGACAAGAAACACCAGCAGGACUCUGCAGCUGGAAUUCCGCAGCAAUUCCCUGCCAAUCCCAUCCCUGGGCAGGAUUUUCCCUGGAAUGGCAGCAGCAGUGAGCAGGCACAUCCGGAAUUGGAGAAUGUUCCAGCUGAUUUUAGCGCCAUUUUUCAAGAAAAAGCGAAGGAUCAAGCAGCGCUUCCAGAUUUCCAAAGUCACAUUCAUGAGGAUUGCAGCUCGCCAACAUCUGCUUGCAGAAUCCCCCAUUUCAUAGAAAAGAAGGAAAAGCCACAAUUUUCUGAUUUUGGAGAUGCUUUUGCUGGCACGUGGCUGUGGGGUUUGUUCCCACCUGCCCUGCCCCAGGGGGACUCAGGAAAAGCUGAAGGAAACCCAAGGAAAAUGAGAAGGAGCAGCUCAGAGGGCUCUCUCCUACAAAGGGAAAAGCAAAACCAGCCCAAAAUCAGCAAAAAGCUGGGCAGCUCCAAAUUCUACCUCAAUCAGAGUAUGAAGCUUGGAGGCCUUGGACCUGACUAUGAAACAAUCAAAGAGAAAAAAGAAAAGAUGAAGCUGCAGAAGGAAUAUUCCAGGCAAAUUAAGGAAUAUAACAUGAAGAAUAUCACCGUGGUUCAGAGGCUGCCUGCAAAGCCCCAGGUGCCCUCAGUGUCCAGGCAGAAGGCUCUGGAAUACGCCAAGAAGAUCCCAAGACCGAAGAUUUUGCCAGCGAAGCAAUCGGAGCAGGAGGGGAAGGAGGUUCUGGCCCAGGCUCCAGCUGGACCCAGGUUCCCCCAAAUCCCGUCCCUGGAAUCCCUGUGGAGCAGGCACGAGAAGGAGAAGGAGGCUGUGGCUGCUUUUGAAGCCCUUCACAUCUUGUAGGUAUUUGGGGAAUCUCAGGGAUCGAGGCAAAAAUGCCUGAAUUGUUUUUAUUUGCGCCUGUGACCAUCACAUCUUCAUUUCCCAGUCCGUUGAAAUUUAACUGGUUUAAUUUUAAUUGUUUUUAAAUGUUAGGAUUGGUUUUAAUUGUUCUACUUUGUACCUGUUU